GCCUCACCUUGACACAUCAGCAGAGCUGAGAUAUUCUGUGGGCUCCCUGGUUGAUAGUCAAUCUGACUAUCGGUCAACUAAAGUGAUAAGGCGACCUAGAAGAGGCCGGAUGGGAGUACGCAGAGAUGAACCAAAGGUAAAAUCACUUGGAGAUCACGAAUGGAACAGGACCCAACAGAUUGGUGUUUUGAGCAGUCAUCCAUUUGAAAGCGACACUGAAAUGUCCGACAUCGAUGACGACGACAGAGAGACGCUUUUCAGCUCCAUGGACCUCCUGUCACCAAGUGGCCAUUCCGAUGCGCAGACUCUGGCCAUGAUGCUUCAGGAGCAGCUAGAUGCAAUCAAUAAAGAAAUCAGGUUAAUCCAAGAAGAGAAAGAGUCAACAGAACUGCGUGCCGAAGAGAUAGAGAACAGGGUGGCCAGCGUGAGCCUGGAAGGUUUAAAUCUAGCCAGAGUCCACCAAGGUACCUCCAUCACUGGCUCUGUGACGGCAUCGUCACUUGCAAGCUCAUCUCCUCCCAGUGGACACUCAACUCCCAAACUCACCCCUCGCAGUCCAGCCAGGGAGAUGGACAGAAUGGGGGUUAUGACGCUGCCAAGCGACUUAAGGAAACAUCGGAGAAAGAUUGCAGUAGUUGAAGAAGAUGGACGUGAAGAUAAAGCCACAAUUAAAUGUGAAACUUCUCCACCUCCAACACCCAGAGCUAUCAGAAUGACUCAUACCCUUCCUUCUUCAUACCACAAUGAUGCCAGAAGUAGUUUGCCUGCUUCAUUGGAGCCAGAAAGCAUUGGUCUUGGCAGUGUCAAUAGCAGCCAGGACUCCCUGCACAAAGCUCCCAAGAAGAAAGGAAUCAAGUCUUCAAUAGGACGUUUGUUCGGUAAAAAAGAGAAGGCUCGACUUGGACAGCUCAGAGGUUACAUGGAAACAGAGGCAGCAGCUCAGGAAUCUCUAGGAUUAGGGAAGCUGGGAACUCAAGCAGAAAAGGACCGAAGACUAAAGAAAAACAUAUCUGGACAUGAACUUCUGGAAGAAGCCCGGAGAAAGGGUUUGCCUUUUGCACAGUGGGAUGGGCCAACAGUGGUUGCCUGGCUGGAGCUUUGGCUAGGAAUGCCAGCCUGGUACGUUGCUGCCUGCCGUGCCAACGUGAAGAGCGGAGCUAUUAUGUCUGCUUUGUCUGAUACUGAGAUUCAAAGAGAGAUUGGCAUCAGCAAUCCUCUCCAUCGCUUAAAGCUCCGAUUAGCAAUCCAGGAGAUGGUGUCCCUGACAAGUCCAUCAGCACCUCCAACAUCCAGAACUCCCUCAGGCAAUGUUUGGGUGACCCAUGAAGAAAUGGAAAAUCUCGCUGCUCCAGCCAAAACGAAAGAGUCUGAAGAAGGCAGCUGGGCUCAGACCCUGGCCUACGGGGAUAUGAACCAUGAGUGGAUAGGUAACGAAUGGCUCCCCAGUCUGGGUUUACCUCAGUACCGAAGUUAUUUUAUGGAAUGCCUGGUAGAUGCGAGGAUGUUAGACCACCUGACAAAGAAAGAUCUGCGUGUGCACUUAAAAAUGGUGGAUAGCUUUCAUCGAACAAGCUUGCAAUACGGAAUCAUGUGUUUAAAGAGGUUGAAUUAUGAUAGAAAAGAACUGGAAAAGCGAAGAGAAAUGAGUCAGCAUGAAAUAAAAGAUGUGCUGGUGUGGAGCAAUGAUCGAGUCAUACGCUGGAUACAAGCUAUUGGUCUCCGAGAAUACGCAAAUAAUAUUCUAGAAAGUGGUGUACAUGGUUCACUUAUAGCACUGGAUGAAAACUUUGAUUACAGCAGUUUAGCUUUAUUAUUACAGAUUCCAACACAAAACACCCAGGCACGGCAGAUCCUUGAGAGAGAAUACAACAACCUUUUAGCACUAGGAACUGAAAGACGACUUGAGGAAAGCGAUGACAAGAACUUCAGACGUGGCCCCUCCUGGCGACGACAGUUCCCUCCGCGAGAGGUUCACGGGAUCAGCAUGAUGCCAGGCUCCUCGGAAACGCUGCCAGCUGGGUUCCGAUUAACCACGACAUCAGGGCAGUCACGGAAGAUGGCAACUGACGUUGCUUCAUCACGACUGCAGAGAUUAGACAGCUCAACAGUUCGCACAUACUCAUGCUGACAAGGCCUAGCAAAGAAGCCAGCACUGAAUUGUUAUGUCAUCUCUUUCUUCUACUUUACCUGAAGUGCACUACCACUACUUAGGAAAAAGAGCAUUAAAACUCUCUGCAAGAACAGGGUAAUAGGGAAGAGAACACAUAAGGUUUAUCAGACAGAUAUGAUGUUCCUUUCAUGUGUCGGUUAAUUUAAAACAAGAAUAAAGAAUACCUAAAUUACUA